GAGGUGUCAGUCUGCGGCGCAUGCGUGCGGGGCGGGCCGGGCCAGGCCUAUAUAUUGAGUUGGCGCCGGCGCCAGCUGAGCCGAGCUGUAGAGGGUCUGGCGAGGUUUCAUAGGCCUCAAAGAAGAGAAUGUCGAGACGCAGUAGCCGUUUACAAGCUAAGCAACAGCAUGCCCAACCCAACCAGCCAGACUCUCCGCAAGAAGCACAGAUAAUUCAGGCCAAGAAGAGAAAAACAGCACAGGAUGUCAAAAAAAGGGACGAGGAGAUGACCAAGAAGCAUCAGUAUGAGAUUAGGAAUUGUUGGCCACCUGUGCUGUCUGGAGGAAUCAGUCCUUGUAUUAUCAUUGAAACACCUCAUAAAGAAAUAGAAACAAGUGACUUCUCUAGAUUUACAAAUUACAGAUUUAAAAAUCUUUUUAUUAAUCCCUCACCUCUGCCAGAUUUAAGCUGGGGAUGUUCACAGGAAGUUUGGCAAAACAUGUUACAAAAGGAAAGCAGAUAUGUGCAUGACAAACAUUUUGAAGUUCUGCAUUCAGACCUGGAACCACAGAUGAGGUCAAUACUGUUAGACUGGCUUUUAGAGGUAUGUGAAGUAUACACGCUUCAUAGGGAGACAUUUUACCUUGCCCAGGACUUUUUUGACAGAUUUAUGUUGACACAAAAGGAUGUAAAUAAAAAUAUGCUUCAACUCAUUGGGAUCACCUCACUGUUCAUUGCUUCCAAACUUGAGGAAAUCUACGCUCCCAAACUCCAGGAGUUUGCGUAUGUCACUGAUGGUGCUUGCAGUGAAGUAGAUAUCUUAAAGAUGGAACUCUCUAUAUUAAAGGCUUUAAAAUGGGAACUUUGUCCGGUAACAGUCAUCUCCUGGCUGAAUCUUUUUCUCCAAGUUGAUGCUGUUAAAGAUGUUCCUAAGGUUCUUCUACCUCAAUAUUCUCAGGAGACGUUCAUCCAGAUAGCUCAGCUUUUAGAUCUGUGUAUUUUAGCCAUCGACUCAUUAGAAUUCCAAUACAGAAUUCUGGCUGCUGCUGCCUUAUGCCAUUUUACCUCCAUUGAAGUGGUUAAGAAAGCCUCAGGUUUGGAAUGGGAUGACAUCUCAGAAUGUGUAGACUGGAUGGUGCCCUUUGUCAGUGUAAUAAAGAGUGUAAGUCCAGUGAAGCUGAAGACUUUUAAGAAGAUUCCUAUGGAAGACAGACACAAUAUCCAGACACACACAAAUUAUUUGGCUUUGCUGAAUGAAGUAAACUAUGUCAACACCUUCAGGAAAGGCGGGCAGUUGUCACCAGUGUGUAAUGGAGGCAUCAUGACACCACCAAAGAGUACUGAAAAACCACCAGUAAAGUACUGAAGCUAACAACAAAUUGGAAUUGAGCAAAUACUGGGUAGAAUUUCAUUGAGU